AUGGCUCUCAGCAUGCAGCGUUUCCUAUUGGCUCUUGUGCUGGUAGCUAACGUAUUCAUCAGCAUCCAUGCUCAAGAGGCAGGUGUGUCUGAGGCAUGGACAAGCAAGGCCUGUAAAUGUGACUGCGAUGGAGGUGAAUCUCCCACAGAGUAUCCCUCCAUGAUGUCUCCGGCUGGCUCUCUCGUGGUGCGAGGUGUUGACUGCAUGCCAGAGUGCCCAUACCACAAGCCAAUGGGCUUCGAGGCUGGGUCUGUAAGUCCAGACCAAAUCACCUGCUCCAACCAGGACCAGUAUACCGGCUGGUUCUCUUCCUGGCUCCCAAGCAAGGCCAGACUUAAUAGCCAGGGCUUUGGAUGUUCAUGGCUAUCUAAGUUCCAGGACAACAGCCAGUGGCUGCAGAUUGACCUGAAGGAUGUGAUGGUGGUGUCUGGGAUUCUGACCCAAGGCCGCUGUGAUGCUGAUGAGUGGAUCACUAAAUACAGUGUCCAGUACCGCACAGAUGAAAAGCUCAACUGGAUCUACUACAAAGACCAGACUGGAAACAACAGGGUAUUUUACGGCAACUCGGACCGCUCCUCGUCCGUGCAGAACCUCUUGCGCCCGCCUAUCAUGGCGCAGUACAUCCGCAUCCUGCCGCUUGGAUGGCAUACACGCAUCGCUCUCCGCCUGGAGCUGCUGCUCUGCAUGAGCAAAUGCACCUGA